AUGGCAGAAAAUACACUGGUUUUAUGUGAAGAAGACUAUUCUUUAACUAAACAACAAUUUGCUGAAAAUGAAUUCGAAGAAACAAAUUUAAAUUGUGAACAGAAACUAGACGAAAGUGAUGAUGAUCAGUAUAUGGCUCAUUCACCCAAUACUAAACCAACAACAGAAACAAAAUUGGAAGAUAUCGCUGUAGGUGAUGUUGAAAAUUCCAACCAUUUUCGUGUGAAAGCACGAUCAUUAUCAAUAACAUCAAUAGUUGCAGUGAUAAUAAUCAUGGGAUUGGUAUUUAUUCGAAUCGAGAAUGAAAAAAACACUACUCAUGUCAACAACUUGUUGGAAGAAGCCAGAAACGAAAUUUCCAAAUUAAAACACGAUAUGAAGAUGACACUGGAGGAAAAGAACAACCUUAAAGAACAAUUUUACAAAGUGGCUCUCCAGGUUUUACAUUUAGAACAGAAAGAACAAGAAUCGUCCGUAAAGCUUUCGUCUAUUCAAAAGCAAAACGAGAAAAUCAUUUCAACCUUGGAAGAACAACCCAAAUCAGACUUGAUAAAUGGUUCAGAUUUGAAGAGACAGCUUUCUGCGUUCCAAGAAUCAAUUAUCAAAUUCGAAAAGAUAAUCGAAGAAAAGAAUGAGGAAAUUCAAAACUUGAACUUUGAAAUCUCUAAAAAUUCAAUUGCUAUUGAAAAAUUGACUGAUAGUAAUAUAGGUUUAAAGAAGGAAAUUGUAAAUCUGCCCCAACUCUCGCUGAAGAAGGAAGAAUUAAUUGAAGAAAAUCAAGGUUAUUGA